AUUGAAUCCAGACGACAGCCCUGCAGUGACGCAAGAGUUGAACAUAAACAAAGAAAGGGGAAAUUGGGAAACCACUAUAAUUUCAGUCUUCUUCAGCAAAUUCAACAAAAUCUUCUAGAAGAGCCAUUGUCUUGAAACGUGUACUGUAGAUGCAGUGCAGUCUGCAGACGGAUAGUUGGAUAUGGAAGGAGAUGAAGAGCACUUUGAAGUGUGUGAAGAUAAAUGGAGGGAGGAGGAGAAGGAGGAGGUCUGACGGCACUUGAGUGAUUUACAGUGGGGACCAGAGGAGGUUGGCGGGAGGAGCUAUAGGAGGACUGGCUCAUCGUAAUGGCUGGAAUGGAAUGAAUUGAACAGAGUCAAACAUGUGGUUUCCAUAUAUUUGAUGUGUUUGAUACGGGUUCAAUGAGGCCGUCCUCCCAUAUCUUCUCCCACCAGCCUCCUCUGCUGGGGACAUAUGGAAUUCAUUGGACUCACGUCUGCCUCACCUUACUUUCCUCUAUUAUGGUACCAUGUGUUUACCAUGAAGAGGCAGAUGAGGUUAGGGUUUAGGGGCUAGGCACUCCCCACGGGCUCGGAAGAAAGCGGAUGUUUACGGUUUUCAGGAUUACGGUAUUUUCAACCUAACUUCCGUUUCCCCUGAAAAACGGAUGUGGGGACUCGGGAGUCUUCUUACACCUGCUACGUUAGGUUAAGGGCUAGGGGUCAAUUUGGGAUUCAGCUUAGUCUGUUUUAUAAUCCUUUUCUGGUCCACUAAGACCUCGUCACUUUUUCCGAGACCCUAUUUAAGGUUUCAUGCUGCAGCAUAACAAUUGGCAGCUGGCUCUGGCUGCAGACAGAGUUUCUCCACACACCUUCUUUACAUUCCAGGAACCUUUUGUUUUAACUUGUAUCCACUUCGCUUUUUUGUUAGUAGGGGAAUGGAAGAAAGGGAGGUGGUUGUUUGGUGCAAAGGGAGGAAAAAUGACAGAUAUAUAUGAUGCCAUGUGUCCUUUGUGAGGCUUCGCAUCCUCAUUCACGCAUGAGGCGGACCUCGUAUCCCAGACUGCACUGGUGCACCUGUGACUGGUUAGGCAGAGCCCAUAAUGCUCAGAUUCCAUGCCUUAAAAACUCAUGUCGAUGCCAUCGUCUUUAUAUACUACAGUUUGGGCAGCUGCCUUCUGUCAAUCCGGGACCACAGUCAUCUGAAGAAGCAGAAGCUUUCCCACCCCUUUCCCUCGCUCUCUCUUUCUCUCACUCGCUUUAUCUCCCCCUCCCUCUCCCUUUCUCCCUCGUUCUCCUCCCUCUCUCCAGAGACAUCUGGCUUUUGAGCAACCACAGUCUUCUUACCUGCUGACCUUCUAUCCCACACGCAGAGGGAGAGAGAGAGAGAGAGGAGAGAAAGAACAGUUAUGUUUCCCCUCCGUGUCCCCAUCUUUGCCGUGCUGGUCAGCCUGACCGUGGGUCAGUACGAUGACUACGACUACCAGCCGGCCUCCCAGUACGGCCCGUCCAGCGCCAACUGUGCCCAGGAAUGCGAGUGCCCCAUCAACUUCCCCACUGCCAUGUACUGUGACUCCCGCAACCUUAAGUUUGUGCCCAUUGUGCCCUCAGGCAUCAAGUACCUGUACCUGCAGAACAACCUGAUCGAGGAGAUCAAGGCUGGGGUCUUCGACAACGUCACGGCUGAACUCCGUUGGCUGGUCCUGGACCAUAACCAGAUCACCAAUGAGAAGGUGGCCAAGGGAACCAUCGACAAGCUGACCGGACUUCAUAAGAUCUUGUUCAGCUUCAACAAACUGACGGAAGCUGUGAUCCCUCCCUCCAUGUCUUUGGACGAGCUGAAGAUGAUGAACAACCAGCUGUCCAAGUUCCCCGCAGGGAGUCUGGCCGGCAUGCAGAACCUGACCUCGGUCCACCUCCAGAACAACGAGUUGACCUCUAAAGCUCUUAAUGGGGUCUUCAAGGGCCUCAACAAGCUGGUGGCCAUAGACUUGACCAACAACAAGCUGAAGAAGCUGCCCUCAGGCAUGCCUAGUUCGCUGGAGACCUUCUAUGGCGAUCACAAUGGCAUCAGCAGCAUCGCCGCCGGGGACCUCAAAGAGCUGCCCAAGCUGGCGUACCUGAGGUUGGCCUACAAUCAGAUGACGGAUGCAGGGAUUCCGGCGGGCGUGUUCAAUGUGACGAGCCUGAUCGAGCUGGAUCUGUCCUACAACAAGCUGCUGUCCAUCCCUGAGAUCAACGAACAGCUGGAGCAUCUCUAUCUGCAGGCCAACGAAAUCAACAAGUUCAACCUGGAGAACAUUUGCAAGUUCUCUGGCCCUCUGAACUACUCCAGACUGAAGCACCUGCGUCUGGAUGGGAACAACAUCACGCAUGCCGACCUACCCCAUGACUCCUCCAACUGCCUGCGCCAGGCCUCUGACAUCAUCUUCGACUAAGGACCCUCCCCUCAUCCGCAAGACUCCCUCUGUGACCCUCCCCCGGCACCACGACCUACCCUAAACUAAUCCUUCAAACCCCAAUAGACACAAUGUGGCUAUAUUCCAAUAUCUACAAUAGCAUACUACUCAGAGUAUAUGGCCAAUAUGUUUCUUUAUUCUAAGUGGAAUGCUAGUGUGGAUAAUGAACCCGAGCGACAGUGUUUGCAACAACCAUAAAUAUGUAUAUCCUCCCCCUACCGGUGAAAUCGAGGUCACCUCUGUCAACUCAUCGGUAGACCUUUCUGUAAACACAGACUAUGAAAUAACAAACCAACAAAGUUUAGAAACCCCGGAGAGACCUUUUAUUUUGCAGUGCAUCAUGGUAUUCUCAUGACAACUAUAGAGUAUUUUGUCCGUAGCAAAUGGCUGGCCCUGUACUAAUAGUUUUGUCCAAAUUUGCUGCAAAUCAAACAAUCGGCCGCAAUAUAAUGUAAUGGUGCCUCGUAAAAAGCACUUGAACUGUACUUGUCUGUACUUGUUUCAAACAACAGGUGCCUUUUCUUGUGCAAAAGAGACAAUAUAGGAACAUAGUGAUUCCUGAAUGAAGUGCUUUUAAUGAAAAUGCAGCUCACACACUUCAAACAUUCCAAAAGUAGUGGCACAUGUUGUUUUCAGACAAGUACAUUGAGGAAUAUGGGAAUAAAUCUCACUUGCAAAUAAAUGCAUUGCCCAUUCCUCUUUUGUAUGUUUGUCAUGAUGUUUUUUAAAGGUUUCUUGUAUUUAGUCUGUAUACUCCCAGAAUCACAUUGCUGUGCAAAAGACCUGCAGGUAAGGAAUAAAAGUAUCUAAGAGAGCUGUGUUGUGUACUCUGGUGUAAUGUCUACUGGGGAAAUAUUGAACAGUGGAACACUAUUGGAACCAAAUUCAAACUCAUAUGUCAUAUGUCAAAAGCUUUGGCAUAUUACCCAUCUUUCUGUAUGAAUGUUGGGGGGAAAGUUAUUAACCAUCCUUAUCGACAAGAUUCAAAGGCUCGACACUGAAUAGCUCUGCUGAAGUAAUUGACUGUUUUUUUAAUGAGUUAUUAUGCAGUUAAAUAAGAGUCAAUGGCCCGUUCAUUGCAGAUCACCGUUGUUAUGCCGACAUUUAUACAACAUUUGCAUUGCUUGCAUGCAUCUCAUGGUAACUCUGUAUGAUAAUAAAAGAUAGCAUUUUACGUUUUUUUGUCCAUUCAUGGUUACCUUGUUUGCCAUGUUUAAUGUGUGCUUUUGCCCAUAUAGCUCUACCAGAAUAACAACAAUUUGUUGUGACGCUAACUUUAUCUUGCUCUGUUGCGGCAACGUUGGUGGAAUGUCAUGUGCUAUUUGGGCAGAGUAUAUCCAGAUUUAUUUUCAUUACGGCUUUUGACUCAGUAAUCGCUGGUGAAUUUACUGUGAGGACAUAACAUACACUUGAAUAAACUACAUUUCCAAUA